CCGCAGCCUUCCGCGCGCCGCCGCCGGCACCGGCACAGAGCCCCGACGCGUCAUCCUCGGCUACCGCUCCGGCCCGCUUGGCAAGAUGUCGGUGAAGGAGGGUGCGCAGCGCAAGUGGGCGGCACUGAAGGAGAAACUGGGGCCGCAAGACUCAGACCCCACCGAGGCCAACCUGGAGAGCGCUGAGCCCGAGCUGUGCAUCCGGCUGCUGCAGAUGCCCUCUGUGGUCAACUACUCUGGUCUGCGCAAGCGCCUGGAGAGCAGUGAUGGCAGCUGGAUGGUGCAGUUCCUGGAGCAGAGUGGCCUGGACCUGCUGCUUGAGGCGCUGGCACGGCUGUCAGGCCGUGGUGUGGCCCGCAUUGCAGAUGCCCUGUUGCAGCUCACUUGCAUCAGCUGUGUGCGGGCUGUCAUGAACUCGCAGCAGGGCAUUGAGUACAUCCUCAGCAACCAAGGCUAUGUGCGCCAGCUCUCCCAGGCCCUGGACACGUCAAACGCGAUGGUCAAAAAGCAGGUGUUUGAGCUGCUGGCCGCCCUAUGCAUCUACUCACCUGAGGGUCACACACUGACUCUGGAUGCCCUAGACCAUUACAAGACCGUGUGCAGCCAGCAGUACCGCUUCAGCAUCAUCAUGAGUGAGCUCUCUGACAGUGACAACGUGCCCUACGUGGUCACCCUGCUGAGUGUUAUCAAUGCCAUCAUCUUGGGCCCCGAGGACCUCCGCACCCGUGCCCAGCUGCGGAGCGAGUUCAUCGGGCUGCAGCUACUGGACAUUCUGACCCGACUGCGAGACCUGGAGGAUGCUGACCUGCUGAUACAGCUGGAGGCCUUUGAUGAGGCCAAGGCUGAGGAUGAGGAGGAGCUGCAACGUGUCUGCAAUGGCAUCAACAUGAAUAGCCACGAGCAGGUCUUUGCCUCCCUGUUCCACAAGGUGAGCUGCUCUCCAGCGUCGGCCCAACUACUGUCCGUGCUGCAGGGCCUCCUGCACCUGGAGCCCACCAGCCGCUCAGGCCAGCUGCUCUGGGAGGCCUUGGAGAGUUUAGUGAACCGGGCUGUGCUCCUGGCCAGUGAUGCUCAAGCAUGCACUCUGGAGGAGGUGGUGGAACGACUACUAUCGAUCAAAGGACGGCCCAGACCACGACCCCUGGAUAAGGCUCACAAGAGCAUCCAGGCCAACCUAGACCAGAGUUUGAGGGACAAAUCCCCCCAAAACUCUACUGCCCCCAUGGUUGAAGUGGAGGGCCAGCAGCAGCCAGCAAUAGCUCCUUCCUGCCAGCGUGCAGGUGGUAUCCAGAGCUCUGGUGAUGACUUAACUCCACAGCCAGUAGCCUUUGAGCAGCGGGCAUUGGUACCACCUGUGCCCAUCUCUCCCCUCCCCAGCUCCAAUGUUGGGAUCCCUCCACCCCCACCUCCCCUGCCAGGCCUAGAGACCACAUCUCCUCCAGCACCCCCACCACCACCACCCUUGCCACCUCCUCUGCCAGGCCUGAGGGCCAUAUCCCACCCAGCACCUCCUCCACCACCACCCCUGCCUGACUCCUGUAGGACCAUGCCCCCACCACCACCUCCACUCCCAGGCAUGGGGUGCCCUCCUCCUCCUCCCCCACUGCCUGGAAUGGGCUGGGGCCCUCCUCCACCCCCUCCCCUCCCUGGCAGCUCCGCUCCCACUGUGGGGGGUGGCGUAGAAGAGGUCAUCAUGGCCCAGGUGGACCACGGCCUAGGCUGUGCCUGGGUCCCCAGCCACCGCCGAGUGAACCCUCCCACACUACGCAUGAAGAAGCUGAACUGGCAGAAACUGCCAUCCAACGUGGCCCGAGAACAGAACUCCAUGUGGGCGGCACUGAGCAGCUCCUGCACAGAGGCGGUGGAGCCCGACUUCUCCAGCAUCGAGCAGCUGUUCUCCUUCCCUGUGACCAAGCCCAAGGAGCCCUUCACUGCACCAACCAGGAAGGAGCCCAAAGAGGUCACUUUCCUAGACUCCAAGAAGAGUCUGAACCUUAACAUCUUCCUGAAGCAGUUUAAAUGCUCCAAUGAGGAGGUCACCACCAUGGUCCGAGCUGGGGACACUACCAGGUUUGACGUGGAGGUUCUCAAGCAGCUCCUGAAGCUCCUUCCAGAGAAGCAUGAGAUCGAGAACCUGCGGGCAUUCACAGAGGAGCGAGCCAAGCUGGCUAACGCCGACCAGUUCUAUGUCCUCCUGUUGGACAUUCCCUGCUACCAGCUGCGGGUGGAGUGCAUGCUGCUGUGCGAGGGCACGGCCAUCCUGCUGGACAUGGUGCGGCCCAAGGCCCAGCUGGCACUCACCGCCUGUGAGAGCCUGCUCACCAGCCAGCGGCUACCUGUCUUCUGCCAGCUGAUCCUGAAAAUUGGGAAUUUUCUCAACUACGGCAGCCACACAGGAAACGCUGACGGCUUCAAGAUCAGCACAUUGCUGAAGCUCACAGAGACCAAGUCCCAGCAGAGCCGUGUGACACUGCUACACCAUGUGCUGGAGGAAGUGGAGAAGAGCCAUCCAGACCUGCUCCAGCUGCCCUGUGACUUGGAGCCACCCUCCCAAGCUGCAGGGAUCAACUUGGAAAUCAUCCAUUCUGAGGUUACUGCCAACCUGAAGAAGCUUCUAGAAACAGAGCAGAAGGUGUCUGCCUCGGUCUCUGAAGUGCAGGAGCAGUACACCAAGCGUCUCCAGGCCAACAUUGAGGCCUCUCGGGCACUGGGCAAUGUGUUCAAAGCCAUCGAGCAGAAGAAGCUGGAGCUGGCUGACUACCUGUGUGAAGACCCUCAGCAGCUGUCCCUGGAGGACACGUUCAGCACCAUGAAGACCUUCCGGGACCUCUUCACCCGUGCCCUGAAGGAGAACAAAGACCGGAAGGAGCAGGUAGCAAAGGCGGAGAGAAGGAAGCAGCAGCUGGCUGAGGAGGAGGCACAGAGGCCUAGGGGCGAGGACGGGAAGCCUGUCAGGAAGGGGCCCGGGAGGCAGGAGGAGGUAUGUGUCAUCGAUGCCUUGCUAGCUGACAUCAGGAAGGGCUUCCAGCUGCGCAAGACUGCCCGUGGCCGAGGAGACUCCGAAGUGGCCAGCAAAGCAGCCAUGGCAGAUCCCCCUAAGGCCCCUGAGCCUGCAGCUGCCAGUGGCCCUGCACAAAACCUAGCGGGUGGCACCAACCACUCUGCCUCAGAGCCAGGCAUGAAUGCCACAGCAGCCAGUGAGCCGCAAGGCUGGGACCUUGUAGAUGCCGUAAUCCCUAGCCCCCAGACCUCUGAGGCUGAAGAGGAGGGCCAUCCCCCAGCCCUGGAGAGGCGUUCCUCCUGGUAUGUUGAUGCCAGUGACUUCCUGGACCCUGAGGACACUUUGAACACCCAGCCCUCAGAAGGCACGUGGCCUGUAACUCUGGGAGAUGCUAGGGCCUUGAAACCCCUCCAGAUCUCCAGCAAUAAGGCCCAUGGGGCUGAGAGCUUACGACAGGAUGUUGGGGACCCUGAAGCCUUGUGGGACAUCCACCAAGCCAAGGCAGACAGCACAUGCAAGGGACCAGAUGACACAGCUGUGCAAAGCCACGGCACCCACCUCCCUACCACCGGCCCUGGAGGAGAGGAAGACAAGGAGGAUACAGCCCCAGAGUCUGUGCUGGACACAUCCCUGGACCAGUCCUUCUCUGAGGACACAGUGACAGAUUCCUCAGGGUCUGGAACGCUCCCCAGGACCCGAGGCUGGGCCUCAAAGGGGACAAGCAAGCGAAGGAAGAAGCGUCCAUCGAGGAACCAGGAAGAGGUUGCCCCUGAUUCUGAUGACAAUAAAACAAAAAGGCUGUGUGUGAUCCAGUGAGGCCUCAGACCCAGGUCCAGAGCCAAGUGAGCUCCCUCUCCAGCUCCACACAGCAGUGAGCACUAGACAUGCUGCUUUGAGAGGCUCUUCAGGACCAGGCUGGGACUGGGUCCCUGAGAAGCAAAACCCCGUGCCUUACCCAGCCAGGGCCCUCAGGAGCCCUCUCGAGCAUCAGUGCCAGGACCUGGCCUGGCAACCCCAUGGACCAUCUGCACACCCCCAGCUUCAUGAUCUGCUUUGAGACAAGGACCCACCCUCUACUGCAUGUACCUCAGAGGUGGGAGCAGGGCACCCUCCUGACUGUGGCCCUAGGGAGAUACAGCCACUUGCCAUGGCCCUGCCUCUGCUGGCUCACCUGGUAUAUAGUUGGAGCAGUUUUUCUGCAUCUUUAUUGUUCUGCAGUAGCUGAGGGGUGGUGAGAGGGACCCAAGAAGAGCAGGCUGGCUAGCAGUGCUGUGGGGAGGCUAAGGCCCUUUACCCAUGGAGGCUGGCCCGAACUUAGUAUGACCUGAGGGUGGAGAGAAUCUGCAUUGUGACUCUGUACCUGGACCAGCCAUCUUGUCAUCAGAGGGCCCCCACUGGGGCUAGUUGUCCUGGCUGGUGAGUCCCAGGUAACAAAAAGGAGCAAUACAGAGUGGCCCCCAGAAACUGCCAUCUCCCUCUUCAUGGACUACCUAGUGGGAAACAGACUGCCCUUGCCCGGUCCCUCCACUCCCGCCCUGAGGUGUGCUCUGCUGAGACCAGCAGCCAGGAGAACUUUGCCCAAUAAAGAACAGUGUAGCCCUGAAAGCCA